AAAAAAACAGAAUGUUUUAUCUUUAUGUAUUUUACCUUAGGCAGGUAGACAAAUCAGGUCAGGUCGGCGAAGAUUAGAGAAAAUGGUACAACCUACUGUCAUUGACAAUGAACAGUCGUUAUGCAUGAAAGCCACAUUUUCAAAGGAGUAUACAAAUUUUCCUGCUUCAGUCGAUAACUGCUUUGGAAGAAUGUUUCCAAAUGAGAAAAAGAAGAGAAAGAGAAUAUCAGCAUUUACUAGUACUACACAUGGCUCAGAUGACUCUGCUGUUGCUGCACCCGAAUCCAAUAUUGAUUUCCGUUUAUUAAAGAAUAUGUCUUGGCAGCCAAGUAUUGGUCUAGGGUCUUGUGAAGAAGGAAUUGCAUUGCCUACAAAACCUUCUGAAUCUGGAAAUAAGCAAGGAUAUGGGCUGUGUGUGAAAGAUAAUGAAGUAACACCAUUAACUAGUUCUGUGUCUUUAUUUUCUUGGCGAAAUAUUUGUCAGUCACCACCACCUCCUCCACCAUCUCCACAGCCCUUUUGUGAUAAGAGUUGGAAUCCUUUAUAGCAUUAAAUAUAGAUAUUUGUUACAACUGUUAUUUAAUUUUAUAGAGUCCUUCAAGCGGUACUUUUAAAAGUUGGUCAUUAUUGUUUACAUUGUUAUAAUUUCCAUUUCAUUGUAUUGUAGUAUAUCUGAAUUAUAAUAAGUUAUAUAACUAUAAUAUAAACCGUUUUGUUUGUUUUAAAGUGUGCAAAAUAUCUGUAUUCUUUAUUUUGUCAUAUUGCCCGGGCAUAAUUCAUAAGAGUUUGGGGUAUUUUAUAGCUAAAAAUUAUUUCUGCUAAUAGCUAUUAGAUUUUUAAAUGGAUGGAAAUGAAAAAAAUUUAAGAAAUGUGUUAUAUCUGUACUUUUUUGUUUGAGCUAUUGUAAGUUGAUUUUGAAAACUUGAAUAAAGAUGUAUUUGUUUCUA